AUGAUUCGACGCGCACUGAAGCUCCGCCAACCAAUCGAGAGCUUUAUCCAGCACUGGGAUAGUCAGAAGCUUGACUACCUGCGGCCUACACCGGUAGAAUGGAAACAGUUGGAAUAUCUUCUGGAGCUUCUAUAUCCGUUUUACAUCUUCACGUCCUGCCUCUCGGAGAACACCGGCCCUACCGUCCAUAGGGUAUAUGAUAUCUACAACGAUCUGUUCGACCAUCUGGAUCUUGCCAUCAAUCGUCUUCGGAACAAACGAGCCUCGUGGAAACAACAGAUUCUUGAAGGCUUAGAAGAAGCCCACAAGAAACUCCGGAAAUACUAUCGGCGAACAUACCAAGCAGAGGGUUAUAUCUAUGCUAUUGCAACGAUUCUUGAUCCUACCUCCAAGCUUGAGAAGUUCAAAACAGCUACGUGGCUGGACGAUGACACUGAUUGGUAUCAAAAAUAUCGCACUGUUUUUGAGAAGGUGUUCCACUUCUACCGCAGUCAGAAUCCAAGUGUCAACACGCCAUCGACUGUUUCAGACCCAUUAUCUGGACUGAACAAGGCAUUUUACCAUCUCUCGAAACGACGAAGACUUGCCACUUCAUCAGAGACCUUUGAGGAGCUUAAGGCCUAUCUUGAUAUAGAAGGCACUACUGGUCAAACUGAUAUUAUUGCCUACUGGAAAUCUCGUCGCAACCAGUUCCCGAUCCUCUACUCUAUGGCAAGAGACUUCCUUACGGUCGCAACCAACGGUGUCAGUGUUGAACGCCUCUUCAACAGCUCCCGAGAUAUCUGUCACUAUCGCCGGAGUCGGUUAUAUCCCGAUACUAUUGAGGCGAUUAUGCUGCAGAUGUGUACCGAUCGCUUUACCAUCAAUGAGGAAUAUCAGCAGAUUCUUGAUGAGGUUGACCCCGACUCCAUUGUCUUUGUACACAAGGAAGAAGACGAUGAUACAACCGAAGCGCCUUUGUAUAUUAGUGACAAUGAGGAUAUGGAUGAUAUGGAUGAGGAUCCGGAGGAUGGAUUGUUGCCAGAACCUCCGCAUACUACCCGGACUGUUAAAGAGACACGAUCCCUUCGACAUCAUGAACGACGCCCGGGACAGUAUAAAGAAUAG